AUGAGUCUUUCUGCGCAAGAGGCAAUAGCAUAUUUGCGGCAGUUUGUCAAUGACAACAGUGGUGCGAGGUUUUACGUGUUCCCAGAGCCCACAGCUGCCGUCAAUGCCCAGGCACUGUCUUUUAUGGAAUGCUGCUGGAACUCCGCGGUAGAAAACGGCAAAGAAGCCACUGCGUCAACCCCAAACAGGGUUGCAUUGUCCAGCUUUACCAGCAAUAAUAACGGCACCACGUCUACAGCUGGAGCUGUGACCGUAGAAGGCUUUCAGCUACCCCUCAAAAAUGCGCCAGACAAAGCCUCAGUGGUGUUUUACGAUACCCCGUUGUUUGCUUCCCCAAUAACGCACUCAACGAUUCCAAGCGAUGCGGGUGGUUUUUUCUCUACUGCUGUUGUUCCUGGGGAACAAAAUGCGGGUUGCCGGCGUGGUCGCAACGGCGUUGCAUGGGUUGUUUUGUGA